CCUGCGCAGCCAUCUUUCGCCUGACUGAGAUAGUUCGGGCAUGCUCCUGACGACCCUUUCUAGCAACCCGAGACGCGCGCAGUCCCGGGCCGCCGUGCCAGGGAUUGAAUUCAGGGCCUCACACAUACAAGGGCACGACUCUGCAUCUCCGGAAGGUGAAGAAGCCAUGAGCAGGUUCAGGGAGGUGGUGACGUUCCAGGAUGUGGCCGUGGCCUUCUCGGAGGAGGAACUGGGGCUGCUGGAGCCUGCCCAGCGGAAGCUGUACCGGGAUGUGAUGCUGGAGAACUUCUGGAACCUGCUCUGUGUGGGAAAGAACAUUCUAAGUGAGAUGAGAACUGUUCAAGACAGAAAGUCACCUGAAGAGCUUUCCUACUGGCAAAUCUGGCAACAGAUUUCACAUGACUUAAUUAGAGGUCAAGACUCUUCGAUCAAUAGUUCCAGGUUCCACAAACAAGGUGAUUCCCUCUGUCUGGAAGGAAUGGGAAUCUAUAUGCAGAUUUCUAAAGAUGAGAAUGAUAUACUCAUUCAUGAUGCAGAUGGUUCCUGUGAUCCUGGUAAUCUAGAAAUCCCAAUAUUGAGAACCCAGGAAUCUUGGAAGAAAACUUACUCGGCAGAAUCACAAAAAUGCCAGAAUGGAUAUCAGCAAAUUUCCAUGGAAAACAAGCGAUACUGGUAUAAAGAGGAUCCCAUCAGUUGGAUUUUACCUUGCCUCGGUGAUCAUACAGUGCACAAAACUGAAAACCCUUAUAAUUACAAUAGUUAUGGAAAUUACUGCCAUAAAAUAUCGACACUGGAUCAAAAGAAUAUGAUUCACACAAGACAAAAACCUCACCAAUGUCACGAGUAUCCAGAAACUUUCACAGAUCUCUCCUCCUUGGAUGUUCAACAGUUCCACUCAAAAGAGAUGGCUCAGACAUGUAGUGAGUGUGGAAAAGGAUUCCACUAUAGCUCAGUACUUCAUAUUCAUCAGAGAGUUCACCUGGGAGAAAAAUGCUUUAAGUGUGACGAGUGUGGUAAUGAAUUCGAGCAGAGUUCUCAUCUGCAAACUCAUCAGAAGGUCCACUCAGUCAAGAAACCAUUCACAUGUGAGCAGUGUGGGAAAGCCUUUGGUCGUAGAUCAGCACUUACUAUUCAUUGUAAAGUCCACACAAGAGAGAAACCUUAUCAUUGUGAGAAGUGUGGGGGGGCCUUCAGUCAGGCCUCGCACCUUCAGGACCACCAGAGAAUCCACACUGGAGAAAAACCAUUCAGAUGUGAUGCAUGUGGGAAGAGUUUCAGUCGAAAUUCUCAUCUUCAGUCCCAUCAGAGAGUCCAUACAGGAGAGAAACCAUACAAGUGUGAGGAGUGUGGAAAGGGCUUCAUUUGUAGUUCAAACCUGUAUAUUCAUCAGAGGGUCCACACAGGAGAAAAACCAUACAAAUGUGAGGAAUGUGGUAAAGGUUUCAGUCGCCCUUCAAGUCUUCAGGCCCACCAAGGAGUCCACAGUGGAGAGAAAUCCUACAUCUGUCCUGUGUGUGGCAGAGGAUUUACACUGAGUUCAAAUCUACAAGCUCACCAGAGAGUCCACACUGGAGAGAAGCCAUUCAAAUGCCAGGUGUGUGGGAAAAGCUUCAGGAGGAAUUCCCAUUAUCAGGUUCAUCUUGUGGUUCACACAGGAGAGAAACCCUACAAAUGUGAGGUCUGUGGGAAGGGCUUUAGUCAGAGUUCCUAUCACCAAAUUCAUCUGAAGGCCCAUAGUGUCGGGAAACCUUAUAAGUGUGAGGAGUGUGGGCAAGGCUUCACCCAGAGUUCUAGACUUCAGACUCACCAGCUGAUCCACACAGGUGAAAAGCCAUACAAAUGUGAAGAAUGCGGGAAGGGAUUCAGUCGCAGAGCAGAUCUUAAAAUCCACGGUAGAAUCCACACAGGAGAGAAGCCCUAUCAUUGUGAGGAGUGUGGGAAAGUCUUCAGGCAGGCCUCAAAUCUGUUGGCCCACCAGCGAGUCCACAGUGGGGAGAAACCAUUCAAAUGUGAAGCAUGUGGGAAGAGCUUCGGCCGCAGUUCUCACUUGCAGGCCCACCAGAAAGUCCACACUGGGGAGAAGCCCUACAAAUGUGAGGAGUGUGGGAAAGGCUUCAAGUGGAGUUUGAACCUUGAUAUGCAUCAGAGGGUGCAUACAGGGGAGAAGCCAUACAAGUGUGGGGAGUGUGGCAAGCACUUUAGUCAGGCCUCCAGUCUUCAGCUUCAUCAAAGUGUCCACACGGGAGAGAAACCAUACAAAUGUGAGGUGUGUGGUAAAGUCUUCAGCCGGUCUUCACAGCUCCAGUCUCAUCAGAGAGUUCACACUGGGGAGAAACCUUACAAUUGUGAGAUCUGUGGCAAGAGCUUCAGUUGGCGAUCAAAUCUUACAAUUCAUCAUAAAAUCCAUGUAGGUCGCAAAUCCUAUAAAUGUGAGAGGAAAGGGAUGACAAGCAGAGAGUCCACAGAGGAAAAAUGUUAUAUAAAAUAA